AUUUAAAAAAAUAAAAAAGAUGAAGCAUAUUCCUAUACUAUCAACACCGCCAUCUAUUAUUUUUAUUGAUCUUGAAUUAGCGCCAGGAGAAAGUCGAAGUUAUAUUUAUAACUUUAAAUUGCCAUCUCAACUUCCACCAAGUUAUGACGGUAAAUCUAUAAAAAUAAAUUAUCAUUUAUCUAUUGGUACACAAAGUUCAGGAAAAAGUAUACAACCAUUAAAAGUAUCAAAUAUUCCAUUUGAAGUUUUAUAUAAAAUUGAUGAUUUGGGGAAUCAAAUCAUAUAUGAUCUUUUUUCUCCUAUAAUAUAUUUAACUGAUGAAGCAGAAAUAUUUUCAUAUAAUUUAUCAAAAAAUGAUGAUAUCUCAAAUACAGAAGAAAAUUCCAAUAAUUUGGAUUCUACGUAUGAAGAUGAUGAAUAUUCCAAGAAAGAUUUUAUUUAUUAUUUAUCAGAACAUAUACUUGAUGAGUCUCUAAAAGAUUUACUUUUAUCUAAUAGUAUUGAAGAAAAUACACAAGAACAUUUUCCUGAUACUCAAAAACAGAUAAAUCCUUUAAUUAAUAUGAAAAAUAAAAUACAAGAUAUAAUUGAAAACAAUUCAUCAUAUAAUAAUUUUUCAAAUAAAAAAUUUAAUAUUAAUAAGAAUGGAAAUAUAAUUGGAAUUAUAUCAAUUUUAAAACUAUCUUAUAGUUUAGGUGAAACAAUAACAGGAGUUAUCGAUUUUUCAUCUUCAAAAAUACCAUGUUAUUAUGUAAAAUUUUUCCUAGAAACAACAGAAAUAAUUGAAGAAUCAAUCACAAACUGUUCAAAGUCUAAUAUUUCUCAAGCAACUCGUAAAACAUAUGAUAGUUAUUCAGAAACUACAUUAUGUGCCUCUAGAAUACAAUUUAAACUACUUAUUCCUACUAAGGCUCCAUUUUCUUUUAAAACUUCUGGAGUUUCUUUAUUAUGGACAAUACGACUAGAAAUAACAAUACCGCUAACUUCUGAACAACUAAAUAAUGAGGAUUAUUCUCCUGCAAAAACCUUAACCCUUCCAAAAUUGGUCAAAGAGAAUUAUAGAGAUUAUCGAGAAACACAUUAUUUUGCGUCAUUUUCUUUGGAAUGUGAAACUUUCUACUGUACAAUACCUAUUAUGGUUUUCCCUUCAUUAAAAUCACACCUUUCUUCAAAUCAUUUAAACACAACAUUUUAUAUAUAA